CCCUCACUACAUGUUACAUUAUAUAUAGCUUGUGCUAUUCAAACACUAAAGUACAAUAAGCUCUAGGAUCAUGUUCAACAACAUAAAAGACAGCCCAAGUAGAGAUUUUUGAAACUGCAAUCUAAAUCUGUGAAUAUUUAUUUGCAUGGCUAUGUUUUCUGGCAGGACUGCAGAGGUGCAGAGAGGCGAAAUGAGGCCGAAUGGGGCAGGCAGAGAUGUCGAAGUUGCGGAGAAUGGGGGAGGAUUUGGGAGUGUGGAUGGGGCUUAUUUGACAUGGGAGGAGCUUUCAGUGACAGUUUCAGGUGGGAAGAAUGGACCGAAAUCGAUACUGCAAGAUCUUACUGGUUAUGCUAGACCUGGUGAACUUUUGGCUAUCAUGGGUCCUUCUGGUUGUGGCAAAUCUACUCUUCUUGAUGCAUUGGCUGGGAGGUUGGCAUCAAACACUAGGCAGACUGGAGAUGUUCUAAUUAAUGGCCGAAAACAACAGCUUACAUAUGGAACAUCGGCCUAUUUGACUCAAGAGGAUGUUCUAACAUGUACACUGACGGUUAGAGAAGCUGUGUACUACUCGGCUAUGCUGCAGUUGCCUAACGCGAUGUCUAGGGCUGAGAAAAUGGACAGGGCAGAGAAGACCAUUCGUGAAAUGGGCUUACAAGAUUCAGUGAACACAAGAAUAGGAGGAUAUGGAAACAAAAGCCUCAGCGGGGGACAAAAAAAGAGAGUUAGUAUUUGCAUUGAACUUUUAACGCGACCAAAACUUUUAUAUCUUGAUGAGCCAACGAGUGGACUUGACAGCGCAGCAUCAUUUUAUGUCAUGAGCCAAAUUGUUAAACUUGCCCGGCAGUAUGAGAUGACUGUUCUGGCAUCUAUUCAUCAACCUAGCAGUGAAGUCUUUGCACUCUUCCACAAUCUAUGCCUUCUUUCUUUGGGAAGAAUGAUAUACUUCGGACCCUCCAAUGUAUCAAAUCAGUUUUUUGCUACCAAUGGUUUUCCAACUCCAGAGUUGCAGAACCCUGCUGAUCAUUUUCUUAGAACUAUAAACAAUGAUUUUGAUCAGGAUAUUGAGCAAGGUCUUCCCGGUAAGUUGACUACAGAACAAGUAACUAAUGUGCUCGUCGGAGCUUACAAGUCAUCUGAUACUUGCAAAGAAAUUCAAAGAACUAUAGCCGAGAUCAUGACACAGGAAAGAGGGGUGAUUGAGAGGAAGGGCAGUCAAGCUAGCUUUAUCACGCAAUGUAUGGUCCUUACACAAAGAUCAUUUGUGAACAUGUAUCGUGACAAAGGUUACUACUGGUUGCGCUUUUUUGUAUAUAUUGCUUUGGCUAUAGGAAUCGGCACCCUCUUUUAUGAUAUCGGUUCAGGUUAUGAAUCAAUUCAUUCUAGAGGUUCAAUGCUCAUGUAUGUAGCUUCAUUCUUGACAAUAAUGGCUAUUGGAGGAUUCCCUUCAUUUGUAGAGGAAAUGAAGGUAUUUGCUCGUGAAAGAUUGAAUGGACAUUAUGGGGCUGGACCAUUUGUCAUAGCCAAUACACUUUCUUCAGCACCAUUCUUAUUUUUCAUAUCUUUGAUUCCCGGUGGAAUCAUAUACUAUCUAGUGGGACUUCAACGUGGAAACAAACAGUUUGUAUACUUCCUAUCGAUACUCGUGACUUGUAUGAUGCUGGUUGAGAGCCUUAUGAUGGUUGUGGCGACAAUGGUUCCAAAUUAUCUGAUGGGAUUGACUACAGGUGCUGGGAUUCAAGGGAUAAUGAUGCUAAGUGGAGGGUUCUUUCAAUUGCCUAAUGAUCUUCCAAAUUUCUUAUGGAGAUACCCUUUAUACUACAUAUCUUUCCACAAAUAUGCAUAUCAGGGGCUGUACAAAAAUGAGUUUGAAGGCCUUAAAUUUCCUAGCAGUCCAUCUGAAGGAGCUCCUCUGAUCGACGGUGCAACAAUUUUGAAAAAUAUAUGGCAAGUAGAAACAGGUUAUUCUAAGUGGAUCAACGUUGUCAUAUUACUGGCGAUGGUUCCUACUUACAGAAUAUUGUUCUUUUUCACGAUCAAGAUAGCCGAAAGAAUAAAGCCUGUGGUCAGAGUGUUCAUGUCUGAUUCUCCUCACUCGGAUGAAGAAACAGGGAAGCAAUAGAUUUGUACUCAACAUCUGCGAAGACUGUAAGUUGGAGGGCUUUACAACCUUCAUGUAUGUUUAGAUUUCAAUCAUGUAACUGGCAACUGUGCAUAUGUUUUUAUAUUUAUUGCUCAAUUAUAUCAUCCACAAGUCACAGAUCACGACAUUAGUAGUGAUCUUCAGACUACUUCAUGUCAUGCUGAAAAUUGUCGAUUUGAAUGGUUGAUCCCAGUGUCAUGUUUUAGUCCAGACCAGUAGUAAUCUAGUUUUACCCUGUAUAAUAUUUUGUUUUAGUGCUUGUUUAUCAGCCUGCAACUAUUUUUAACACCAGACCAUAUCAUUUGAUC